UUCCACAAGAACAUAUAUUGCACCGGAUGGCUUGUGCGUGUGAGUUAAGUGUGUAGUCAGUACAGUGUUUUUAAACUUAUCAGUUGAGGGAAAAUGAUACAUGAUUUUGAAGUUUUUCUUUCUAGCAUGUAACUGAGAUUAACAAUUUUAGCAUCGAAAUGUCGGAAACUGAAGUAUUAAAAAACAUGGUGAUGAGCUUUCGUGUCUCGGAAUUGACUAUGUUGUUGAGUUUUGCUGGACGUAGUCGAUCAGGUCGGAAAACAGAAUUGCAGAUGCGAGCUCUGGAACUGAUCAAACUACGGUCUUCACCUAUAAAUGCCAAAGUUCGCGAACUAUAUCGGUCAAUUCAACAACAAACAGUGGCAAUGGGACAGAGUGCUACAGAAACCACACCACCUUACAUUGGUGCAUCAACCCGAUCAAGCUCAUCUCUCUCUCCAUCCAAAUCUAGUAAUUAUUCUGAAAUGGAGAGGGCUGCACUCCAAGGAAGAAAUCCUUACAUCCAUACCAGCGGUCUGCCUUAUUCAACAGGUUACACUUCUAAGCAAGCUGUGUCUGCCGGUGGUUCACAACCAUCAUUUCCAGUUCACCCUGAUGUCCGUUUGAAGAGAUUACCAUUCUUUGAUUCAAUAGCAGAACUUCUUCGACCUUCUAGUUUAGUUCCCACUGGAAAUUCUCGAUAUCAUGACACAAAUUUUGUAUUUCAUCUCACACCACAGCAGGCAACAGACAUAGCAAGUUCAAGAGAUGCUAGACCUGGUUCCAAAAUAGACUUCCUAAAUCAAAUUCAGAUGAGAUUCUGUCUUUUGGAAACAUCCUGUGAACAAGAGGAUAACUUUCCAUCAAAUUUAUCAGUUAAAGUAAAUAGCAAACUUGUGACUUUGCCAAAUCCCAUUCCAACGAACAAACCAGGCGUAGAACCCAAACGCCCACCGAGACCUGUAAAUAUAACUUCACUCUGUAGACUAUCGCCGACAGUGGCAAAUCAAAUCAAUGUGACUUGGUCUUCGGACAUUGGUGGUAGAGGAUAUGUUAUGGCCGUUUAUGUCGUCCGGCGUCUCGCCUCCACCGAUCUUCUCCAGAGAUUACGAACAAAAGGCAUGCGGGCAGCCGAGUACACCCGUGGUCUGAUCAGAGACAAACUAGAAGAUGCCGAUGCCGAAAUUGCCACAACGUCGCUCAAAGUUUCACUUGUGUGUCCGCUGGGGAAAAUGCGAAUGCAACUGCCCUGCCGAGCUACAACAUGUUCCCAUCUUCAGUGUUUCGAUGCCUCUCUUUUUCUUCAAAUGAACGAAAGAAAACCAACCUGGGUUUGUCCUGUGUGUGACAAGUCUAUUCUUUAUGAUCAACUUGCAAUUGAUGGCUAUUUUUCGGACAUACUUAAUUCUCAACUUCUUCCAUCUGAUAUCAUGGAAGUUCAACUCAACGUCGAUGGAAACUGGACUGUGCUGUCUGCCAAAAAAGAAACGAAAAAAAAUACAUGUGGAGAAAGCUCAGUUAACUUGGACGUCGUCGAGGAAUUGCCAACUAAUCCGACGAAUCCAAAGGUGGAGACUAUUGAUGAAACAGAAUUGGAAUUAGUUUGCGAAGGUCCUCCUCCCAAGAAAAAAGCCCCUAUGGUAGUAGACCUGACGCUUAGUAGCGACAGCGAAGAGGACAGUGAUACUUUGAUGAGUAUCAAGGAGCGUAUGCUUAGUCGCCAGCGUAGCUCCGGCAGUCAGUCAAGUUGUCCUGGUGAUUCAGCCGACGAAAACGCAGCAGUUACCAAUGCACCUGUUAACCUCAGCAGCAACGUGACUACGGUUACAGGGAGCAGUAACAGCAGUCUAAGUUCAUCGGCAUCGAAUAGCUCUGCGAGACCUGCUCAAAACUUUGAAUCCGCGUCAGGCGUUAACAGUCCACUCGCAUACAAUUAUAUGGCCGGGAGCAGUUAUGGAAGUCCAACUUACUUUCCCUACAGUUCAUCAACUACCAAUGGACAAAAUCUUUAUGGACCAUAUUCCGGUUACGUCUAUCCCUACGGAGGUCCGAACGAGUUACAAAGCGUAUUAGGAGACGGAAUGAAUGGCCACACGUUGCCGAGUGCAGCGUCCCAGCAUCAAUCCUCAAAUAAUUCGGUGCCACUUGCUAGAAAUAAUUAUAGACGAUCCCAAUCCCCACCUGAUGUAAUAUCUUUGGACUAGUUAGUUACGAUGGAGGUAAAAAUGUGUCGUCAGCUCGUCACAUUUAAUCUUUCAAAAAACACAACUUGUAUUUUUUUAAAGUUUCUAUUGCAAAACCCAUGUAAAACUAAAAUCAUCUUUAUGACUGUUUAGUUAAUUUAAUACAACUUUUGUCAUUCUUAA